AUGAUAAUAACAGUGUCGAUGUAUUUUGUGAGAUGUAAACCUGAACCCCCAAUAAGUGAUACAUACCUUCCGCCGAAUCACAGUCACAGUCAUCACAAGCCAAGUGAUACUUAUGGUCCGCCAGAUCAUCAUCAUCAUGAACAUGGGCACGAUCAUCAUCACGGAAAUGGGCACCAUCACAACGGAAAUGGUCAUCACGAUCACCAUCACGAUGGACAUCACGCUCACAAUGGAAAUGGGCAUCACCAUCAUGGGGACUCACAUGGGCAUGAACAUCAUCACGAUCAUCAUCAUGAACAUGGGCACAAUGGGCAUCACACGCCAUCUUCAACGUAUGGAGUUCCUCACGAACAUUCACAUCAUCACGAGCACGGGCACUCUCACAAUGGCCAUCACGAUCAUCAUCACGAACACGGAGCUCACGGAAAUGGGCAUCACGACCAUCACAACGGACAUCAUCAUCACACAGCGCCAGCAGAUACUUACGGACCUCCGCAUCAUGACUCGCAUCAUCAUCAUAAUGGAGGAGAUCAUCAUCAUAAUGGAGAUCAUCAUCAUCACGAUUCUCACGCUAAUGGGCAUCAUCACGAAUCUCAUGGAGACCAUCACGGCGACCAUCAUCAUAAUGGCUAUCCUGCAGCUCACGAUCACGGAGGACAUGCCGGAUAUCCGGCGCACGAUUCUCACGGGCACAGCGGAAGCGGCGAAGGAGGCUUCUCGUCAUCCGGAACUUCAGGUUCAGGAUCUGCGGAAAGCGGCGAACCCGCCAAAUACGAAUUUGAGUACGAUGUUGCGGAUGGCAGUGUAGAAUUUGGGCACAAGGAGCAACGUGAUGGCGAUUACACAACGGGAACUUAUUACGUCUUGCUGCCCGACGGGAGACGACAAAUGGUCGAAUAUUACGCCGACCAAACGGGAUACCAUCCGACAAUUUCGUACGAGGGCGGCGGCAACGGAAACGGCGGCGACGGGCAUGGGAAUGGACAUGGAAGUCAUAGCGGCGAAGGUUAUCCCAGUCACGACGCGCAUUCGCACGAUUCGCAUGCACACGACGCGCAUCACGGAGGGCACGCAGGAUACGAUUAUCCGCAUGGCGGAGAUGCUCAUCACCAUGGCGGCGACUUGCAUUCGUUAUAUGAACCGCCUGCACAGCACGGUAACGGCUAUCAUUGA